UUGAACUUUGAACAACGUAACGAAGGAAAGGAAGACAUUGAAAUUUGAUGAAAAUGAUGUCCGGAAAUUACACCUCCAUUGAUAAUCAAAAGGUUUCAGGAUCUGUGCCUGCUGUUCCAGAUCCCCCAUCCUUUAAAUUCUCAGAGUCAAAUCUUCAGACAUUUCCUCCAUCUGGAACAGAGGGCAAGAUUAGUGGUGGUUCGAGGCCUCCACGUGAUGUUGAUGAUACAUUUUCAAGACCAGAAUCUGUUUCUGAUGAAGCCCAGCAGAGUGGUUGGUUUCGGGCUUUCUCACUUGCUACUUACAAACCAUACUUUGAUAUUGACACUAUAGAAGUUCUAGAAAGGAUUAAAGACUCACUUUAUCCAUUCAAUGGAACUUUCAACGAAAAAACUGCUAGCAACCCUGAUUUGUAUGGACCCUUCUGGAUUUGCACUACCUUAAUAUUUGUAGCAGCAUCCAUUGGCACAUUUGUGACAUAUUUAUCACACAAACUGAAGCAUCAGGAAUGGAACUAUGACAUAAAUCUGGUGACAUGGUCCGCUGGCUUGUUUUAUGGUUACGUCACCAUUGUUCCUCUUGGUUUGUAUUUAAUCCUUAAGUACUUCUCUGUACCAUCUGGCCUUGUCCAACUACUCUGCCUCUAUGGAUAUUCCCUAUUUGUCUUUAUUCCGGCUCUGUGUAUGUCUGUUGUGCCAUGGGAGAUAUUCAGAUGGUUGAUAGCUGGGGUGGCUGGAUUCAUGUCAGCAACUUUUGUGGCACUUAACCUCAGAGCACAUAUUUUGUCAGCAGGUGAAAGAUGGCUUUUGAUUGUUGCUGGCAUUUUUCUAUUACAGCUGGCUCUAGCUGUUGCACUAAAGGUCUACCUCUUCACAGUAACAGUAUGAGACGAAAGUAGUACUAAUACUAUCAUCAUACGGGAUCAAUGAAGUGUAGAUAACGAACAGAGAGCUUUUUGUUGGUUUAAAUUUUCAGUAAUAUAAUUUGUAGCUGAAAUGAGACUAUCAGAUUAAACCGUCAUUAGUUUUUUCAACGCAAUAUAGAGGCAAAUAAAAAUAGUUUGUAUGUUUGAUAACUACAAGCAAAUGUUUCUGUCAUUUGUUAUGUUACAUCUAACAUGUCCCUCAUGCAACAAUCCUUCCUUCCUUUACACUUGAAAUGUGGAUAGAAGCUCACCAAUCUUGUUAAAAUACAUGAGAAUAUUUGUAUAUCAGAGUAGUAGCAACGUAUUCUAUAAUAUAGGGAAACAAACCUU